GAAGCCGACUCUUGUUUACAGCAGAGGAGCGGAGACCCACAGCCUGCGUUCACGAGGGCGAACCGUUGGAUUUCAGCCUCUGGAUACACACGCAACGGGAGUUUUGCUUUUCUCUCUUCUGCGAGGAUAAACGGCAAAAACGCGAAACACUCGCAAAGCGCAACUCCUCGCGGACACGUUCUCCCUCCCACCCCGGCCGAGCUCGUCUAGCUGGAUAGCUGGAGAGAGCCGUUCUCCUGCGUGGCACAAGUCUGGUAUUUUCUUUCAGCUGCAAAUCCCGACUGACGGCACGGACAAGCCGGAGUCGAGGAGCUGGAAAAUCGGUUUAAAAAGCGACUUCUCACCGCGGGCCACGACUGUUUGCUGGGGAUCGAGAGCCUGUGCUGGCUGAAUGGCAAAAUAAUAAAAAAAGGGUUUUCAUUCAUUUUUCAACCUCGGAGCCACCACCCCUGUGGACCUGGACGUGUUUUCUGCCCCACUCCUCCUCCCCUCGUCCACAGUCAUUCACACGAGCGACACCGCUGUUAAUUCACCAUGGAGGCAAAGGCUUCUCAUUAGAACAUCUCGUGUGAUUUUUGUUGUGUCGCUGUUAGCAGGGCCUGAUCGCACUGAACGCGCACUGCUGUUUUCAAGAGAUGGAGACUGAAGAUGGGGAUUACCAUCAUUUAUCCAGUCAAAUCACUGGCUUGUGUGCCAUACCAGCCGACGUCAACGUAUCCUGUGAUUGGCAAAAAUAGCAGACUGUUUUAGUGUUUUUUUCACUUCUUCAAAGGAAUUCACUCAUUUAACGAUUUUACACAUUUAUUUCUAUUUUUUGGAGCAAAUCGCGGAAGCCACGCAUUCGCAGGCUACCUCAGAGUAGCCUUUUAAGGCUACAGACACAUUUAUUUGUCCUUUUUCAUAUUAUUUUUUAUAGGAGCUGGUUAUUAUUUUAUUUCAUUUUUCCCCCAGCCUUUUUUUUGGGUGGAGGUGGGGGUGGGGGGGAUUUUGGAGGAGAAUUAUGUUAAGGAACAUGAGAUCUGACACACGGAUGGGUAGCCCGACCUUGUUUUGGGGUCUGAUGCUGUAUGUCUCUACUCUCUGCAUCUGGUCCACACAUGGAGAGAUCUGUGGUCCGAGUAUUGACAUCCGAAAUGAGAUCAGUGAGUUCAAGCGUCUGGAGAACUGCACAGUGGUGGAGGGCUACCUGCAGAUCCUCCUCAUCAACGACAAAACCAACAACAUCCACCAGGAGGUCUUCCGCUCCCUCAGCUUCCCAAAGUUGACUGUCAUUACUGAUUAUCUGCUGCUGUUUCGCGUCUCAGGCCUGGACAGCCUCAGCAUGCUCUUCCCCAACCUGAGUGUCAUCCGGGGGCGCAACCUCUUCUACAACUACGCCCUGGUGAUCUAUGAGAUGACCAGCCUGAAGGACAUUGGCCUGUACAACCUGAGAAACAUCACCCGUGGGGCCAUGCGGAUUGAAAAGAACCCCGAGCUCUGCUACCUGGACUCGGUGGACUGGUCUCUUAUUAUGGAUGCUGAGUUCAACAACGUUAUCAAUGGGAAUAAGAAGGCAAAGGAAUGUGACAACGUCUGCCCUGGCAUCAUGGAGGAUAACCCCCUUUGUCAGAGGACGUCGUUCAAUGAAAACUACGACUACCGCUGCUGGACCUCCAACCAGUGCCAGAAAGUUUGUCCACAACACUGCAAGCUUGCCUGCACAGACAAGGGGGAGUGCUGCCACAGCCAGUGCCUGGGCAGCUGUACCGAGCCCAACAACGACAUGGCCUGCUCCGCCUGCCUCCACUACUACCACGAGGGUCGCUGCGUGCAGGACUGUCCCCCAGACACAUACAAGUUUGAGGGCUGGCGCUGCAUCACCAUGGACCUAUGUUCUCAAGUGCACCUGCCUGGCGACACUCACUUUGUCAUCCACGGGGGAGAGUGCAUGCCCGACUGCCCCUCUGGCUUUACACGCAACGAAACUAAUCGUAUGUUAUGCAAUGCCUGCAAUGGCCCGUGUGAUAAGCCCUGCACAUCCCCUGUCAUCGACUCUGUGGAUGCUGCUCAGUCUCUGAAAGACUGCACCGUCAUCGAAGGCAAUCUGGACAUCAACAUCCGCCGUGGAAAUAACAUAGCGUCUGAGCUGGAGAGCUUCAUGGGAUUGAUUCAGAAAGUGACGGGCUAUGUGAAGAUUCGACACUCCCACGCACUUGGCUCGUUGUCCUUCCUCAAGAGCCUGCGUUACAUCAAUGGGCAGGAACUCAUCGACAACAUGUAUGCAUUCUCCGCCAUCAACAACCAGCAUCUGCAGCAUCUGUGGGACUGGAGUCAGCACAACCUGACUAUUGGGAAUGGGCGUCUCUUCUUCCGUCUGAACCCCAAACUGUGCAUGUCUGAGAUCCACAAGAUGUGGGAGAAGACGGGCAUAACUGUGAAGCCAGAGGAGGGAGAUUUCCGGAACAACGGGGAAAGAGCCAGCUGUGAAAGUCACAUCUUGAAGUUCAAGUCUAACAUCACAUCGAGCCAUUCGAUCAAGCUGACGUGGGAGCGCUACCGGCCGCCGCACUACAGAGACCUUAUCAGCUUCAUCGUCUACUACAAGGAAUCCCCUUUCCAGAACAUCACAGAGUUUGACGGGCAGGAUGGCUGCGGUUCAAACAGCUGGCACAUGGUGGACGUGGAUCUCCCUCAGGAUAAAAUCAUUGACCCUAAAGUCACUCUUCAACACCUCAAGCCCUGGACCCAGUAUGCUAUUUUUGUGAAGGCCAUUACCCUGCAGGUGGAGGACAAACACAUCACAGGAGCAAAGAGUGAUAUCAUCUACAUCCGCACACGUCCCUCAUUGCCAUCUAUGCCCAAAGAUGCACGUGCAUAUGCCAACUCCUCAACCAAGCUAAUGGUGAAGUGGUCACCUCCGGUCUUUCCCAACGGCAACCUGACCUACUACCUGGUCCGCUGGCAGCAGCAGCCUGAGGACAGGGAGCUCUACCAUCAUAACUACUGCUCUAAAGAACUGAAAAUUCCAAUCCGUAUCCCGGCAACCGGCUUCACCGACAUGGAAGACAACACCAAGCCCACCAAGUCCGACCUGGCAGGGGCAGAGAAGGGCCCAUGCUGUGUGUGCCAGAAGACGCCCGAGGAAAAAGACCGGGAGAAGGAAAACCGCGUCUUCUUUAAAAUUUUCGAGAACUUCCUUCACAAUGCCAUCUUUCUGCCAAGACCUCCCGAUCGUCGACGUCGAGAUGUUUUCGGUGUGGCUAACAACACGCUGCUGCCUGAUGGUGUUGGUAGGGGGAACACCUCCCUUGGCCCAGGGGAUAACAGUACAGAUGGCAUUCCUCCUAUCAGGGAGUAUCCUUUCUCAGAGGACAGGAGCACAGUGGAAUAUUUAGAGAUCCCAACCCUGCGGCCCUUUACUGUCUACCGCAUUGACAUCCAUGCGUGCAAUGAGGAGGUGGGGCGCUGCAGCGCUGGAGCCUUCGUCUUUUCCAGGACCAAACCUGCAGUUAAAGCCGAUGACAUCCCUGGAAAGGUGAUCUUUGAGAUGAGUGAUAAGGUUGAAGGGUGUGUGGUGCUGCACUGGCCAGAGCCCGCCAUGCCUAACGGACUCAUCCUGAUGUAUGAGAUCAAGUUCCGUCUGGGGACUGAGCCUGAGAAACACGAGUGUGUGUCGCGACAGCAGUACCGCGAGCAUAGAGGAGCUCGGCUGACCAACCUGGGUUCGGGGAAUUACUCUGCUCGUGUGCGCGCCACCUCACUAGCAGGGAAUGGCUCCUGGACGGAGAGUGUGUCCUUCUAUGUGCCUCAGCCCAAAAGAGACGAUGGUGUUACGUUCUACUUGCUCAUCAUAAUUCCCAUUAUAGUUACACUUUUCAUUGCCAGCCUCACCACCAUUCUCUUCUUUGUGAACAAAAAGAGGAACAGUGACAGAUUGGGGAACGGAGUCCUUUAUGCGUCUGUCAACCCUGAGUACUUCAGUGCAGCCGAUAUGUAUGUCCCGGAUGAGUGGGAGGUGGCCAGGGAGAAGAUCACAAUGCACAAGGAGCUGGGCCAGGGCUCCUUUGGUAUGGUGUACGAAGGCAUUGCUAAGGGAGUGGUUAAAGACGAACCCGAGACAAGAGUGGCCAUCAAGACAGUCAAUGAGUCGGCCAGCAUGAGGGAGCGCAUUGAGUUCUUGAACGAAGCCUCUGUCAUGAAGGAGUUCAACUGUCAUCACGUGGUGCGGCUGUUGGGCGUGGUCUCACAGGGACAGCCAACACUGGUGAUUAUGGAGCUGAUGACCCGUGGCGAUCUCAAGAGCUACCUGCGCUCUCUGCGCAAAGAAAAUGCCACAAGCCAGGUCCUACCCCCGCUCAAAAAGAUGAUCCAGAUGGCAGGGGAAAUAGCCGACGGCAUGUCGUACCUAAAUGCCAACAAAUUUGUCCACAGAGAUCUGGCUGCCAGGAACUGCAUGGUAGCCGAGGACUUCACUGUGAAGAUUGGAGAUUUUGGCAUGACCAGAGAUAUUUAUGAGACGGAUUACUACAGAAAAGGAGGGAAGGGCCUGCUGCCUGUCCGCUGGAUGUCUCCAGAGUCGCUUAAAGAUGGCGUGUUCACUACAAUGUCUGAUGUCUGGUCAUUUGGUGUCGUGCUGUGGGAGAUCGCCACCUUAGCAGAGCAGCCUUACCAAGGCAUGUCCAACGAACAAGUGCUGCGCUUCGUCAUGGAGGGAGGACUCUUGGACAAACCUGACAACUGCCCCGAUAUGCUGUUUGAGCUGAUGAGGAUGUGCUGGCAGUAUAAUCCCAAGAUGCGUCCAUCCUUCCUGGAGAUCAUCAGCAGCAUAAAAGAUGAACUGGAUCCUCCCUUCAGGGAAAUGAGCUUCUUCUACAGCGAGGAGAACAAACCGCCAGACACCGAGGAGCUGGACAUGGAGGUAGAAAACAUGGAGAACAUUCCACUGGACCCUGCAUCCACCAGGCAGCCCUCUGCUGCCGGCGCCCCCUUGUCGUCGGGGUGUACGGGAGGAACGCCGCCUCCUUCUACCCAGCAGUUAUCCCCCAUGCAAGGCCCGAGUACUCCAUUACUGGGACCUGUGUCUCCCUCCUCCCCGGGCCCGGUUGCCUCAGCCUUGGCGUCUUCAGGCCAAGCCUUGGACAAGCACUCAGGACAAGUUUCGGCAAAUGGGCCUGUGGUGGUACUGCGGCCCAACUUUGACGAGAUGCAACCCUAUGCACACAUGAACGGGGGCAGAAAGAACGAACGGGCGUUACCACUGCCCCAGUCGUCGGCCUGCUGAUAUCAGACCACCCCCCCCUCCUUGUCCUCCUCCUCCUCCUCUUACAGGGUAACACAAACCUCUCCUCCGUCUCUUCAGGAGGGAUGGAUGAGGUAAGAAACAACUUUCUUCUACUGUGUGCCAGUAGAUGUCUCUCCACUCCUUUAAGGUCAAACAGAAACUGUAAAAACUGAGAGAAAGUACAGAAACCUGCUAAAGCAUUCAGAGUUUGGUGGCGCAGACUCGACACUGGGGAACUCCUUCCUGUGCCGCCAGGAUUUCAGUUCUUGUUACAUAAGUCCUUUGAGAAGGAAAACAAUAAAGGCAUGUAUCCUGACUUACAGAUUUAGACAUGAACUUCAAGAAAACUUUUUUUUUAGCAUAUCUGCCAGCAAAUCCAACAGAAGAGCACUUUUUUCCUGAUGAUUUCAGAGAGGAUGUUGUGGAUAUCUGAGUGUGUAUUUAUACGAAACAUGGGAUUCUCUCUAUAAAAUGGUAUAGCUCCAUUACUAAAUGACUUUCCAUCACAAUGACUUUGUUUGCAUGAGCAGACCGGCUCGUGUCACAUGAGGAUGCCUCCAUUAGAAAGUUUGGACUACGAUCAGUGUUUCAUUUUCCAGUCAAAAUGGAAGAGGAGGCCUAUUGUGUAUCUGCCAAACUAUUGCCAAAUCAAGUUUUUUUCCUCAGUUUAAUACAGUUCUCCCUUCUUGUAGAAGGCUGUGAUUCAGAGUUCAGAUAAGUCUGUCUGGGAAAUGAUACCAAAACUGUUGUGGUGGUGGUAUUCAGACUUUCUCUAGUAGCUGCUGGUGGAGCAACUGUGUGUGGGGGGUUAUCACAGGACAGGGUACCAUGUUACUGUUGAGAAGGCUGCAUUCACACCUGCAGUCAAUGUUUUCUCAGAAUCUACAGCGUCUGCAUUGUGGGUGGAAGAAAUCUAGCAAGCCUUGUGAUACUCAGAGGAGGGAUACGACACAAAAUAUCUGUGCAAGUAGACAAGCCAGCAUACAAACAGGAGGGUUUUGUUCAGGAUCUGAAAUGUAAGCAAAUAAAUUUAAGGAUCUUUUUUUUUUUCAAAUCAGUUGGCACAAUCACUAAGAAUUCAUCUUUUAUUACUGAAAUGUCAGUUAGAAUUUAAUUAAGGGUCCAGUGUUCAGGAUUUAGUAGCAUUUAGUGUUGUGUUUGAAGAGCUUAAACUUCUCCUAUGUGCUAAGCACGUCAGAGGACUACGGUGGCCGACACAAAAAUGUGAAAAUGUGAAUGUCAGACUCUUGUGGAAGAGGAGCCGCUUUGUAUGUAGACUAAAGCCACGCUAAGAUGAGAACAGCCCUACAAAAACAGGAAAAAUCUUUUCCAUGUAAUGACACACCAUUAUAGAACACCAUGUGCAGCCGUGAUUCACCGCUCUCACAGGACCCACGCAUUGCCUAUUUACACGGUGACAGUAGGGGUGGCAUUUCGAAAAUAUUACACUUUGGAACCAGGUUACAAAAGUUUCGUUUUCAGGUCCCCAAAACACUUUUGUCAUGUGGCAAAAGUGCAGCAAAAGUUUUCAGUUUCAUGCAAGAACUUUUGCUGUGUAAACAGCCCCUUAAACAACUUAAUCUCUUGUGACAAAAGCAGGAUUCUUAUUUUCAGGUGAUUAUACAUCAAUAAAAACACAGUUCUGAAUAUUAUACACCUUUUCUACCAAUAGAUGCCCCUAAAUGCUGGACACUGGACCUUGAAGUUGAAACAAUUAGUCAGUUAACAGAAAAUAUGCAAUCAAUUUGGUAACUGCUUUAAGUUUUUUAAAAAAAAAAAACAAAACCCAAAUUUAAUUAUUUACUAAGCUCCUCAUGCACAGAGAUUUGCUGCUUUUUUCGUCUUAUGAGUUUUUCACAAACCAACCCUUUAUUUUCAUGUAACUAUUUGAAAAACCAGCAUGCCUGUUGCUGGUGAUGGGCUGACCAAAGCCUUCUGCUGCUCCACAACAGAUGAACAAAUACUUUCUCCCUCAUCACCUGAACAUCCAAUGGAAGCACACAAGUGACUGAACUCUAGAUCACAGCCUCAGUCUGUCCUUGUUUCAAUAAAUUAAAGCAUCAUGAGUCUCACACUGCAAAUCACUGAACUUCACAAUCAAGGAUACGACUCUUCCUCCACUUUCAUUUAUUUAAACCUUGUCCGACAUUUUUUUAGUGUGCAUUUCAUGGGGGCGGUCAACAUGGUUCUCUGUGAUACUGCUGUUCAAAUUAAAAAGCACCAAAUACGCCACAACAGACAGACAGAGUCAAAGACCUGAGACAGAAAACGAGAAGGAGUUCGACCGGAUUUUAGUAGCCUAGAGACAACUUUUAAAUCACAGCAGGUCUCUUUUAGAAUAGCUAUUAGUUUCUCUACAUUUAAAACACAUAUAAAGGUCUUACAGUUGUAUUUUAGACUGCAGGAUCAUUUUUAUACACAUCAUUGGUUUUGUCACUUUUUAAAAAAAAAAAAACUUUUUACGAUUCAAAAUGUUUGCCUCUAUGUCUGUACAGAACAA